CUAGCUUGACUUGACCUGCAAUAACCAAAUAGCAAUAGUAUAAUUAAGCAUCAAUAUAAAGCAGCCAUUGUCCCCAUCUUCCUCAUUUUGGUCUUGCAUCUCUCACAAGAACUGGCAGAAAUUAAAAGGGUAAAGGUAGCUAAGCUAGAGCUUGCCGAUCAUGGCGGAGAUUGCCGCGGUUGGGUGGACGAUUUCCAUAUUGGGGUGGCUGGCAUCACCCAUCACCGCAAGGCUCUUCAACCAUGGCUUCUCCCUCUUCGGCUUCGACAAAUCCGACAAGCUCAGGGACCUGGAGUCCCGGAUUCUCCCGCAGCUGGCGCUGCUGCUGGAGCACGCUGAGAGGAUCCCUCCUGAGCAGAAGCAGCUGACGACUGACAUGGAGCAGUGGGCAUGCAGGCUUCGCUCCGCCUUCUACGACGUCGAGGACAUCUUGGAUGUCGCUGAUUACAACCGCCUCGAGAACAAGGGCAUUUCUCCAUCAAGUGUAAUGAAGACACUAGAUCAUGCAAAGAAUAUCAUCUCAGGAAAAAAUGGCAAGUUGAAAAAAAUCCUAAAGAGUUUAGAAAAAAUAACUGAAGAAGGGUCUCAAUUUUUGUUACUGCUAGAAAGAACCAUUGGCAGUGGUACAAAUGGCAAUGGCAUAUCAAAUCCUGCUAAUACAUCAAUUAGGAGUACCACUUCAUCUCCUACACAAAUCAUUAUUGGCAGAGACAAGGAGCGUGAUGAGAUAGUAAGGAUGCUCCGUGAUACCGGGGACGAACCCAAAUCCUGGAUCAUCUGGGCCAUGGGCCUAAAGAACUAUGGGCUUAGACUAGUUUUCACAAUGCUAAGUCUAAUAUGGGCCAAAAUAGGCUGGGCCAUCACUGGACUUGGCCCAAGGUUGGAUCCAGCCCGCAGUGAAGCAACAGGUGAUUGUGAACAAAGCUGCCGGAACAGCAAGUGUUGUUAUUCAGUGAUUAGCAUCUACGGCAUUGCUGGUUCUGGGAAGACUACGUUAGCUCAAAAUGUCUGCAGUUAUGAAAAGAUUAACAACUACUUUUUCCCCGUCAUGUGGAUUUAUGUUUCACCAAGUUUCAGUGUGGACAAAAUUUAUCAAAAGAUGCUCGAGGCAGCUACAGGGAAGCCAUCCAGUGAGUUCAGUAAUCUUGACACAUUACAGAUGAAGUUAGAGGCAGAACUAACUGGCAAAAGAUUCUUGCUUGUAUUAGAUGAUAUAUGGCAUGAGAAGGAUGCAAUUGCACAGGACAAACUGAAUCAACUACUUUCUCCAUUGAAGGUAGGGAAGAAAGGGAGCAAGGUCCUGGUCACAACUCGAUUCAAAGAUGUAGCAAUGUCUCUUAGUUCUCAGAGAAUUAUCCCAGUACCUAACUUCAACGAGGAGGAUUUCUUCAAUCUUUUCAUGCACUAUGCACUUGAUGAUGCUGUGAGUCUUGAUGGCCAAGAACGAGAAACAUUUUAUACCAUUGGAAGGGAGAUUGCGAGAAAGCUUAAGGGAUCGCCAUUAGCAGCAAGAAUUGUAGGAUCUCGACUACGCAAACAUUUAGAUGUUACUGUUUGGACAAGAGUUGGAGAUCAACACCUGUUGACUGAUACCAUGGGAGCUCUGUGGUGGAGCUACCAGCACCUGAAUGUGCAGCUUAGGCGAUGCUUUGCAUAUUGCAGCAUGUUUCCUCAAGGAUACGAUUUCAAACGUGAUGAGCUAGUUGACUUAUGGAUGGCAGAAGGCUUUAUAAAGACCACUGAUUCAGCUGAGCAAAUGGAUGUUGUAUGUCAGAGCUAUUUCGAUGAACUGGUGUCAUGCUCAUUCCUACAACCAAAGGACAUUUUUGGCAGUAAGAACAAGUGGUUCACUAUGCAUGAUUUGUUGCAUGAAUUGGCCGCGAUGGUUGCUGGAACUGAUUGCUUUCGAGUUGAAAGUGGUGACAUGAAAGAAAUCCCCCCUGAUGUCCGCCAUCUUUUUAUCCGCUCAAAUGAUCAAACGAAGUUUGCGGAAAAGAUUUGCAAAUUGAAAAAAUUGCGCACGCUGAUACUAAUUACAACUUUUGGUGGACUGGGGAUAACCAUAGAAGAACUUGAGGCCAUGCUGAAGAAAUUAAAGAAGCUGCGAGUGGUGCAUGUAGAUGUCCAAGGACAAAUGGUGUCAAUCCCGGGAUGCAUUUGUGAGUUGAAGCAUCUACGAUUUCUUAGAAUCCACAGCCCCUGGUCAGAGAAGGUAAAUUUGCCCAAAAAAUUGGACACAACUUAUCAUCUUCAAAUCCUAGAGCUCUGUGGUGCAGGUGUCUUAGACUUCUCCAACGUCCAAAACAUGAGCCACCUGAUUAGCUUGCGUGACAUUAGGAAUUCUGGUUUUGUAUUUCCAAACACUGAUGUUCCAGGCUUUCCUGGCAUUGGGGAACUGAAAUCACUUCGAGAAUUGAGUGACUUCAGAGUGAGAAAGGACAAGGGGUAUGAGCUGAAGCAGCUCAAGAGCAUAAAUCAUCUUCGUGGCAGGCUAAGAAUCAGUGGCCUUGAAAGUGUAGAAAGCAAGGAGGAUGCUCUAGAAGCGAAGCUUACUGACAAGAAGUUCCUCACAUCAUUGUCACUUGAAUGGUCACAGUUUAGUUCAGUGCAGCAUAGUUGCCCUCCAGACCUGCAAGUAGAGAUACUUGAAGGCCUCUGUCCACCGUCACAGCUCACAGAAUUGGAAAUACAACAGUACAAUGGACUGAGGUGCCCAAGUUGGUUGUCGUCAGAAAAUCAGAAUGGUAUAUUCACGAACCUGCAAGAUCUCCAACUCUGUCGAUGUUACAAUCUCGACCAUCUUCCAGAAAUAGGCAAGCUUUUCGUUUCCCUUCGUCAGCUGAAACUCGUUGUUUUUCCCAAACUGAAAAGAAUGCCAAGACUCCCGGGCACACUGAAGAACCUCCACAUUCAGCAGUGUAAGGCCCUUGUGAUGACAUGUAGCGAAGAUGUGAACAUGAUAAGAUCACUCUUUGUUGAGACAGCAACUCAAAUUGAGCCAUCUCUGAAUAUUACUGCAACAGAAGUAGCAGAAAUCGAAAGGUUUGCUGGUGAGCAGCCUGACAGGUUUGAAAAGAUCUUGUGUGACAUUUUCAGCAGAUGUGGUAGCUUGCCUGGUGAGCUUAUCCGUGGCCAUAUAAGAGAGGAAGAUUACUCCGAGCUUACACUUCCUGCAACAGUUGUUGAUAGGCUCAUUAUCUCAUAUUGCUUUGUCACAAACACAGUCCUGCACCGUUGCUUGACAGGCUCUGCAAACCUGGUUAGCUUGAACCUAAGGUGUCUUCCAUUUCUCACAGAAAUCCCUUCUGAGGUGAUGGAGUCUAUGGCAAAGCUCUCUGACCUCUCCAUUGAGGACUGCAUCCAGUUUACUCACUUGGAAGGCCUGAACAAUCUCAGUAGAUUGCAACACCUAACCAUUGCCAAGUGCCCCAACCUUAGGGCCCUUGGAGAAGAUCAAAAGGUGAGAAGUCUAAAUGGCCUUGCCAUUGAUGACAUACCCCUUGUGCCACAGCUUCUGUCAAGAGAAGGCUGCUCAUCCCUAUGGAGCCUUAGAAUCGACGAAUCGGAGCAGCUGAGGGGAGGAGAUAUCUUGGAGCAGCUUACAUCAUUGACAUCCCUUGAUUUCAGUUGCUGCAGUUGGGACAGAUUGCCGGAGAAUUUGGUGAACUUGACAUCUCUGGAGAAUUUGCGUUUGGAUUGCUGCAAAAAGAUUCAAUCACUUCCAGAACUGCCUGCAUCUCUGCAGUCUUUUGAGGUUGAGGAUUGCGAUGCAUUGUUCAUGAAGAGCUGCCAGAAGGCUGGAGAUCAAAAUUGUCAAAAGAUUGCUCAUGUCCCAGUGAAAAGAUUUUCAUCUUAGAGGUGCUAGAUGUGUGCUGGAGGCAACACUUGUGCUGUUCCCAGGUUGUUGCUUUGUUACAUGUUUAGAGGUUUCUUGUCUGUAAAGAUGUUUCCAGGAUGUGUGGUCCUUGCUUGGAUGCCGUCUCUGUAAAAUGGGAAUCCUCUAUGUACUCUCUUCUGUGGCUUUCAAUAUAAGCCGGGCUGGUGCCUUUUGUCAAAAAAAAAAAA